UCUACCAUCAUCCGGUUCAUAUGCUGCUGUAUCAGCGGGGAACAGUCAGAUGGAGUUUGUUCAUUUUAUUUACGAAAUGAGGCCAUGAUAAUGAACUAAAAUCUAAUCCUGGUCGAGCGCCAUUGCAGUGGCGUGUAAGUCAAAUAACUGAUGGUAAAUAGCCAGCCUCAUAUUAUAUAUAUACACACACACACAAGAACAGGCAUGGUGCUUAGCUAAAGGUGCAAAACUGUUUGUUCUCGAGCCUUAUAUUCGACGUGAAAAUGUAUUUCCGGAUGUGUAUCGGUUGACUUCUUAUUGCAUUCCAGUGUUACGGUUACAAAAUAAAUCUAUAUAGUUGCUCGGACGCCAUAUCGUGCUGAAAGAGGCCCGAUGUUUUUGUUAUGAAGGCGCAGCUGUGGUGAAGCUAACGCUAGUUUAACUUCCCUAGCGAAGAAAUGGCUUCUUGGCGAGUCAGAGCAGGCUGUCUUUGGUAACGAGCUAGCUACGUAGCUAACCUAUUUAGGGCACCAUAGCGUGGAGCUAAACGCAGUUGUUUUGCUGCAGGGAAAUGUACUUCAGUUAGCUUUUCCUACAUCGAAACUAGCCCUGCUAAAAAUAUACAAGAGCUAGUUUACGCGAACUAAAAAGCCUGCUAGCUAAUUAACCUACCUGUACCAUCUGGCUAAAUAAUCUAGCUUGUUUAAAAAGGCACGUUUGCUAUCAGAGCCAUUGUGGCUUGUGAAUAUUGAAAGACCUCUUUUUGUUCAUAUGGGAGACGCAACAAAGUGUAUUUUAUUGACAUUCUUAAACACACAUACUCUUGGCGAUCUUUGCGCGACUUGGUGAAGCCGCUGUUUAUGUAGCUAGCUCUGUUAGCUAAACCUAGGAGAAGCUAGCAGGCAAACAGAAAAGCUAACGCCCCGCAUUCUCUUCUUAUAGUCACGGUAUAUUUUCGAUGUCUCUUAGAAAACACGCUUAUUAAACGUUGGUUCGUUUAUUGUAGAGAAAUAACGUCAUACAUCGACGUAUAAAAUCAAUUUGGCCGUAAAAACUUUGCGUAUUCGUUCACUCCACGAACACACACGUACGUUACCAGACACUCACUCAAUGGCUAAACAGUGCCGUGAAUAAGGACUACUUUGUGGAUGAAGAGCCUUUAAUCACGUCCGAAGAGUGAGGUGGGAGUGUACAGUUAUGGAGCUGAGUAAAGACGACGCUGUGCCGGAGGCUGGCGACAGGGGGCGACAGAGAGACAACACUCAGAGUGACAUCGCGGAGAAACAAGUGCAACGAAAUCCGCCGGAGUUGUGUCCGGGACUUGUCUCCGGGGAUACGCACCCUAUGUGCCGCGCUCGUGAGAGAAGCGAUCCGGAGCCUAAGGCUGGCGAUGCUGCCGGUGACGACGGAAACGCGACUGAAAAGACCUCCAGUAAAGCCCAGGACGAGCGGGAGCCUCGGAACAAGAGGCGGUCCGGUUGCAGUUCUGAGGGUGCACCGGACGUCCGCCAAGGCAAGAAGAAACACCGGCGACGACCGUCUAAGAAGAAGCGACGCUGGAAGCCGUACUUCAAACUGACCUGGGAGGAGAAGAAGGAGCUGGACGAGCGAGAGAGCGCGCGCGCGUCCCGGGUCCGAGCCGAGAUGUUUGCUAAAGGUCUACCGGUGGCUCCGUACAACACCACCCAGUUCCUGAUGGAGGAACACGACCGAGAGGAGCCCGACCUGAACACGGAGCGCUGCAACCGCAAGACCUUCGGCGCGAGUCGGUCCGAAGACACGGCCAGCGAGGAAGACUACUUCGAGCCUGAUGAGGACGAAGAAGAGGACGGUGAAGGAGGAGAAGGCGGCGAGAGCGACGGCAUGGGCCGAGCUGGGGGCGCAGGCGGAGAGUUUCUGCAACGGGACUUUUCCGAGACCUACGAGCGGUACCACGUAGAGACGCUGCAGAACAUGUCCAAACAGGAACUGGUGAGGGAGUACCUGGAGCUGGAGAAGAGCAUGUCGCGCCUGGAGGAGGAAAACAACUGGCUGCGGCGCGCGCGGAGAAACCCAGCGACGCCGGGCGAGAGCGCGCAGCAGCGCGUGCACGAGCUGGAGCGCGAGCUGGAGAGACUGAGAGCGCUGAACAGCGAGCUGCUCUUCCACUGCCACACCGAGGCGCGCGCCGUCAACGGAUCCGCCGCUUCCUCCUCAGAGCCGGGACACGGCGGGGACACGGACACGCAGUGACCGGAAGGACAACUCGACUUGUUUUCUUUCUGAUUUCUUGUCCUCUGAUCUUAUCUGUUGUCUUACUGUAAAUCUACGGUAGCUAAAAUGUGAUGCGCUUUCGGCCGAAAGGUAACGUUCAUUUUUAUUUUAUUUCUGACAAAUUUUAAAUAUUGAAUUUGUGUGUGAGGUUCCAUUAAAAUGGUCCGUUCGUUGUAACGUAGGUUAGGCUUUUUUUUUUUGCACACGUGACUGGAUUAUUAUUAAUAAUAAUAAUAAAGGCUAUUUUGGUUUUAGAGUUAAUACUUAUGGAGCAGUUAUGUGUUCAUGCUGCACGGGAAAACAUUGUCAUACAAUGUCAUCGUUUGUAAGUUUCCCAUAAUUAAUUAUAGCGACGUUAUUUGUCCAUCAGCUGUUUGGUAUUUCUAUUCUGGUGCACCUGGUAUUCUGCUAUACAUAUAUUAAUGCAUGACCAAGGCAGUAUGUGGGCUAAUAAAACUGUGGAAAACCGUUAUUGGCAUUUGUUUUCAUCCAAAUAUCAAUUAAAUUAUUUAAAAUCA